AUGUCACCACAUGCUGAGGACACCUUUGACAGCGAUAGCAUGGACUACCGCGCCAUGAGCGGCUCUUACACGAAUGGCGACAGCACCGCCCACGAUGCCCACGCCAAUGGUGCUAGUGGAGCUUCAAGCACCCGUCUCUCAACGCCCGUGAGCCAAGGUUCUGACGGGAAACCUCAGUACCGCGAGAGGUCGCCACACCUGAUCGACACCGACCCUGAGAGCGAGCAUGACCUCAUCUGCGUCGGGUUUGGGCCUGCGAGCCUCGCCAUUGCCGUGGCCCUCCACGACUCCAUUGCUGCGGGCAAACAGCUUCGGCCAGAUGGCACCGCGCCUCGCGUUCUGUUCAUAGAGAAGCAGUCUACGUUUGCCUGGCACACGGGCAUGCUCCUGCCUGGCGCCAAGAUGCAGAUCUCGUUCGUCAAGGACCUCGCUACAAUGAGGGAUCCCCGUUCAGAAUUCACGUUUAUGAAUUAUCUCCACCGUCAAGGCCGUCUGGUCGAUUUCACAAACUUGGGCACGUUCCUACCGGCGCGUGCCGAGUACGAGGACUACAUGCGCUGGGCCGCCUCUUUCUUUGAACAAGUGGUGCGGUACAGCAAUGAGGUCAUCUCCGUCUCGCCAGACUCGGGGGCCAAGAGCGUCAAGAAUUUCACAGUCCAGUCUCGCAAUGUCGAGACAGGCCAAGUGUGCUCAUUCCGCGGGAGGAACGUGGUGUUUGCGACCGGCGGUGCGCCGUCUCUGCCCAAGAGCUUUCCUCAGAAGCACCCACGCGUGAUUCACUCGUCACAAUACGCCAACGUCGUGAAACAAAUCCUCAGCAACCCCAACGCCCCGUACCGCGUGGCCGUCGUUGGUGCUGGGCAAAGCGCGGCCGAGAUCUUCAGGGACCUGCAGAACAAGUUUCCCAACUCGCACACACGGCUGCUCAUGAGGCAGGAGUUUCUGCGUCCAAGUGACGACUCACCAUUCGUCAAUUGCGUCUUCAAUCCCGAGUAUAUUGAAGACAUAUUUCCCCGUUCAGCCAAGCACCGUAACAACUUGUUGGCCGAAGCGCGCGGCACCAACUAUGGCGUGGUCCGCCUCGAGCUUAUCGAGGACCUAUACGAGCGCCAGUAUGAGCAGCGCCGUGAGCUAGGACGAGACGACAAGGUCUGGCCGCAUCGGAUCCUCGGUGGGCGGCAGAUUCGCAGCAUCGAGCCUCUCGCGGAUGGCCGGGUCGACCUGCAUGUCCAGAGUCUCGAGGAAAUCACCCCAGAAGGCUUUGUCGGUGUCGAGGAGCAUUUCGAGGCUGACCUCGUGAUCGCCGCGACGGGCUACAAGAGGGGUGCGCACGUCGACAUGCUGCGCGGCGCGUGGGAUCUGCUGCCCAAGGCGCUGCCCAGCAAUGUCGAGUACCGCAAGGGCAUCGCAGGCUGGAACGUGGACACGGAGGAUGGCGAGCGAACAAUUGCUGUCGGCCGCGACUACCAGGUCAAGUUCCUCCCCGGGACUGUCGCGGACGGGUCUGGUGUCUGGUUGCAGGGUUGUUGUGAAGGAACGCAUGGACUGUCGGAUACCCUAUUUGGCGAUCAACGACAUUACGCAACAGCAGACGACACCAUGCAGCCCUCCCACAAGGACUCGGGCAAGUCCUCGCAACGACUGCCUGUCAACCCCAGACGACAUAAGGUUCCCCCCGAGCACCGAAAGCGUGUCGCCACAGCAUGCAACAGCUGCAACCUCAGACGGACAAAAUGCUCGGGUGAUCAGCCCUGCACACAAUGCGCACCUGCAUCCCGUGAAUGCGUGUACCCAGUGGUCUCACCCAAAGUAUCCGUCUCCAAGGCUGAGCUCGAAGAUCUUCGUCAUCGCGUGGAAGCAUACGAAAGAGCAUUCAAAGACAUCAUUCCCGAUGCUGAGAAGCGCAGGGAACUACUCGGCUCUCAAGCCGGUUCCCUUACACCAAUGACUAGGGGGUCUUCUCCCGCAUCGCGGACCGGUGCGUACGGUCACCAGCCUCUCAGCCCCGUACAGACGGAGACCACGGGGACCACCGAAGAGGAGCCAGCUUCACCGUUUGCGAUUGAAGGUCAUCUGUUGCACGAUGGAGUCGGCACUCCCCGUUUCCACGGCGAGACGGGCGAGAAGGCUUUCACAGAGGAGCUCAAGUCCUUCUUGAGAGGGCUGCUACCCCUGGGAGAAGCCAGCACCGUACCUUCAACUAUAGGGCAGUGCCAGACCGCCGACUCGCGCCCAUUACCGGCGCCUGAAGCCAAUCCCUUGUGGCUUCCACCGCCCAACACGACCCGUAUCAUGCUGUCCGUCUUGCGCUCUUUCCUACAAGACGGCGCAGAUGAGCAGGCAUCGCCCAGUGGUGGGCUGUAUUGGUUUGGUAAUCUCACCUCCAUGCCGUCGAUACCCACGUCCAGCGGCAACGUGGAGACAGACACGAGGAGCGCUCGUCGGCUAGCCUUCUACCAGACGGGACUGGCACUGGCAUGCCGCAUUGCCUCGACAAAGCCAUCCGCGUCUGGAUUCUCGCAUGACAGGAGCGAGCCCUUCUUUGCGCGAGCAACGACACUGCUGGGAAAUCCCCUCGAUGUGACUCGCUGCUCAAUGGGUGAAGUGUCUGUUCUUACCAUGAUGGCGUACUACUUGCUCGAGUCGGAUCGAGUGGAAGCGGCGUAUGUGUACAUUGGUGUCGCCUCCCGUGUGGCCUUUGGCGCUGGCGCUCACAGAGGCAAUGUUGACGAGAGAGGGAAACGAAUUUUCUGGACAUUGAACAUGCCUCCGUCAGCCGGACUGCAUGCCAACGUCGAGCUUGCGCGGAUUUCGGACUACAUCACCUGCCAUCUCUAUCGCAUUGCUGCCACGCGCGAAAAUGCGGACACCUCAGCUUCCAUCCGGGACAAGGCGACAUUUCUCCUCGAGCAGUGGCACCAAAAAAUUCCUGCGAGCCUUCACCUCAACCCUGAAGGCGUCAGCAACGACCCUGCCACUUGCGCCCUGCACAUGCACGCCAACGACUUGGUCAUCAUGAUCCAUCGUCCGGCCCUCCUCAAAGCCGUGCGAUCCGCACUCUCCAACAAUGGUUCACAGAGUCCCUCGCACGCACCGCAGUGGGAGUCCUGCAUAGCCGCUGCCCUCCGCAACAUGCGCCUGGCCCGUCACAUUGCAACACUGCACCGACCGCGACGACUCCUCCACGCCGGCCUCCACUUUGUGUUCAGCGCAGUCCUGUGCUUCAUGCUGCAGAGCCUGCUGGGGAAUGAGGAUCACAACACGGCGCGCGAGGUGGACUUUGCCGUGGAGCUCUUCGAUCGGGAGGCGCAGACGGGCAAUACCUACGGCCUGAACUGCGCCAACGCGCUGAGAGAGCUGCACAUGCUCAUGGCGAAGCGCAGAGGGGCGCAAACAGCCAUGGAGAUCGAGCAGGCUUUUGAGCAGCACCUCAUUCAGAACACGACGUGGGACACACCAGAUAUGUCUGCCCACGUGGCUGGAGGGGACGUUGUGUCCUUGCAGGAUGACGUGCUGUCGUGGAUGGAGCACGACUGGUCUUUCGGAGGUCAACAAUUCCCUCGAUGA